AUGGAACCUUCGUACCGCGUCAUUCCAUCUUCACAAAUCAAAACUGCAUCCAUAAAUGAUACUGCAGGCAGUCUAGGCCUCCAUGACACCCUCCGGUAUGGAAUCCGUAGCAUCGCUACUGAGACGAGAGGGGGCGAGUUCGAGAACCGUAUUGCAAAGUGGGAAGAGACGCAGGACAACGCGAGGCUACACAUGUUGGCCAAUCUCUACGGUCCCAGUGCACCUAUGAGGUUACUUAUGGAACGCCAGAUUGUGUCCGCUAGCCCUCAUAUGCCUGGCAUGUCACAGUCAAACAUACAUCUUGACAUCCUGAUGGGUCGGGAUGAGACUCUAGACUCAACCGACUUCUUCCUCGGCAUGGAGAGUGGUCCACCAUUAAGCAUCCACAACGAUAUGGAAAAGAAACUCCGACUGUAA